GCUAACUUAGUUUCGUCUUCGCUUCGCGCAAGUUGUCUUCGUAUUCUCUUAGCAUUUAUAUAUAUAUAUUUAUUUAUUUAUAUACGUACAUAUACCUUUCUCUUUUUUGUUUUUUAAACGUCUGUGUCUGUAAUAUUUCGUUUUCACACACUUUAUGUAUAUCACGAACUUUUAAAUGUGUCGUGAUAUUAUCAGAAGUUUUAAUGUUUUUGGUUUAAAAUUUUCCAUCAAGAAAAAUUUAAGAAACGAGUGAUUUGAAAGGUGAAGAUUUAUCGAUAAUACGGGGAUGAAGCCAUUAAAGGAUGAACGUAACGAUUUUAUCAUGAAAAAAUAAAGCACCGAGUAAAUAACAGACCUCCCAGAUCCGAAAAUAGUGAUAUGCAGAUUGCAUGUAAUUCGUCCAUUUGGAAAGGAUGAAGGAAGGCAAAGAUAUCGACGAUCAAAAAACGGGAAACGACAACGGCGCUUACGUACAUUGUUCUGAGAAAACAAACGAAGAUAAAUUAGACGUUGCACGUACAAAAGAAAUAAUUAAAAAUUCUCACAGUAUCCAUCGCGAGAUACAAGGCUCGUCCGACUUUAUCUUGAUCGAAGAGCCAGGGGAUGAUGGCGCAAAGCGAAAGAAUAACUUUUUGGAUUCGACAUUACGAUUGGCGAAUCGUUGGGUCAAAUUUACUUGUUCUAAGAAAAAACUGUAUAAAAGGUUACCAAUUUUAAGUUGGUUACCACGUUAUAACAAUCAAGAUGCAGUUGGAGAUUUGGUUGCUGGUAUAACUGUGGGAUUGACAGUUAUUCCACAAUCGCUUGCGUAUGCAAAUGUAGCUGGAUUACCAACAGAGUACGGAUUAUAUGGCAGUUUUUUGGGAUGUUUCGUUUAUAUAAUAUUUGGUUCCUGCAAAGAUGUACCAUUUGGUCCUACUGCUAUACUUUCUCUGUUAACUCAUCAAUCUGUUGCUCAUUUGGACGCGCCAGAAAAGCAUGCGAUAUUAUUAUGCUUUCUAGUAGGUAUCGUGGAAUUAAUCAUGGGGAUUUUUGGACUGGGAUUUUUAAUUGACUUUGUAUCCGGUCCGGUUAGUUCUGGAUUCACUUCGGCGGUAGCACUGAUAAUCGUUACGUCACAGAUAAAAGAUAUCCUAGCUGUCUCUGCUAGGGGAUCUACCUUUGUACAGAUGUGGAAAAGCAUUGCUGAGUGCCUUUAUCAAACAUCGAUAUGGGAUACUACGCUUGGUAUAUGCUGCAUAGGUAUCCUACUAAUACUCAGGAUGAUAUCUUCCUUCACGAUUGGUCCUGACAAUGAAGAACUUCGUACAAAAAAGCAGAGAAUAAUAAAUACGCUUAUAUGGUUGACUUGUACCUCGAGGAAUGCACUUCUUGUUAUAGUUUGCGGUUUGUUAGGAUAUCUUUUUAGUGCCGCACGUGAUGCACCCUUUCAAGUAAUCGGUCCCAUACCAGGAGGUAUGCCUACUGUACAAUCACCUCCAUUUGGAUACAUCAAAGAUGAUAAUACUACAGUCACAUUUAUAGAUAUGUGUACAAAUUUGGGAAGUGGUAUUCUUGUUCUUCCACUUAUUUCUUUGAUGGAGGAUGUGGCUAUUUUCAAAGCAUUUUCGCAAGGACAGUCAGUUGAUGCCACACAAGAAUUAAUAGCAAUCGGUUUAGCAAACGUUGGUAGCUCCUUUGUACAGGCUUUUCCAGGUACGGGAUCUCUUAGCAGAAGUGCUGUAUAUCACGCUUCUGGAGUAAGAACACCAAUGAGUGGUCUAUAUGCAGGAAUAUUGGUGAUAUUAGCACUUCUUUUUCUUACACCUUACUUCAGUUAUAUACCAAGAGCUAGCCUAGCAGCAAUCAUCAUAUCUGCUGUUGUCUUCAUGGUCGAAGUGAAAGUCAUUAAACCAAUGUGGAGAACCAAAAAGUCUGAUCUAAUCCCAGGAUUAGGAACUUUCAUUGCCUGCUUGGUGCUGCAACUUGAGAUUGGAAUUCUCUGUGGAAUUGGUAUGAAUGUAUUGUUCAUUCUGUACCAUGCAGCAAGACCAAAAAUAUCUGUCGAGAAAUUAACUACACAUUGUGGGAUCGAAUACCUGAUGUUAACACCAGAUCGUUGUUUAAUCUUCCCUUCUGUGGAUUAUGUGAGAAAUUUAGUGACUAAAUAUAGUCACAGGACAGAAAGCGUAGAAACACCAGUUGUGAUAGAUUGUUCACAUAUUUAUGGAGCAGACUUUACAGCUGCUACAGUCGUUGAAAGUCUGACCAAAGAUUUUGCUGUUAGAGGUCAACCUCUUUUCUUCUACAAUCUAAAACCUUCUGUUUAUGCUGUGUUCGAAGGCAUCGCACCAUCAAAUUUUGUUGUUUAUUAUGCUCAAGAAGCAUUGGAUGAUUUACUCAAAGAAAGAGGCUAUUUCAAUCACAUUAAGCGAGUUUCACUAUCAGCAUAAGUUUAAAUCAAUGUGUCUUCAAGGAACUGUGUAUCACUUAACAGUGUUCGAUUUGACAAGGCAGAAUAAUGCUGAUAAAUCGAUUAUCACAAAGACAUGGUACAAGUAAAUAAACUUAAUAAUAGAAAAUCUAUGGGUAGUUAAAAGCGUGUUUCUACCAUUCAUUUCUUAUCCUUCAACAUGUAUGUAAUUCAUAAAUACAUCUCGACUAUAAAACAAA